AUGAAUAGAGGUUACUAGUACCUGACUGAGAUCGGCCGCCAGUUGGGCGGCUUGAGAGAAGACAUUAACGUUUUCCCUACAACAAUGAGGCGUAGUUCAAGUACCAGUCGAAUCAGUUGCCGGCAAUCAAUCCAGCCACUGAGGGUGCAGGAUAAUAAUAAGACGGGACUUCAUACACCCCAACCGCAAGAGAGAAGGACAACUUUUGGAAAGCAGAGUGCGGGAAAGCACGCACCAGGGACAUCAGAAAGGAAAACCAGUUUUUUUGGCAAAAGGACUAGUGGCCCCGGAAGCUUACGGAACAGCCAAUAUGGUGCUUUUGGAAGUACAGAGAAAAUCAAGGAGCCUAGGCCACUUCAUGACAAAGCAUUUAUUCAGCAAUGUAUCCGUCAACUUUAUGAUUUUCUUGUAACAUAUGGAUAUGGUCCUACAGUCUCUGUGAAAUCACUCCAAACUCCUUCUGCUAAGGAAUUUGUGAAAAUUUUUAGCUUUAUUUAUGAACAGUUUUGUCCUUCAUGUGACCUUGCGGGUUCCAAAUUUGAAGAAGAAAUCCCAAGAAUUUUCAAAGAGCUUGGUUAUCCAUUUCCUUUGUCGAAAAGCUCUAUGUAUACUGUGGGUGCUCCUCAUACAUGGCCUCAGAUUGUAGCCGCUCUGGUCUGGCUGAUAGAUUGUUACAAGUUGUUUACUUGUAUGAAAGAAAAACCACAGUCAUUUGAUGAAGAACAGAUUUUGAUAGAGACUGAAGAUGGAAUUUUGCAUAACAAGCUUUUUUUGGACUACUCUAUAAAAUGUUAUGACCAUUUCAUGAAGAGUGAAGACAAUUUUGAAGAAUUUGAUGCUGAAAUAGAUUCCAAAUUAAAGAAUCUGUUUCAGGUACAUGAAAAGCAUUUAACAGUCUUAGAAGAAAAAGAAAAAAGGUUGAAGGAAGAGAUUGCAAAGCGUGAAAAGGAAAAAGAAAGCGAACCAGACCGUUUAGAGCAACUACGGAGGCUGAAAUCAUCUUUACAGGCAGAUUGUAAACAAUAUGAGUCUUAUAUGGCCAGUUUGGAAUCUCUCUCAAGCAGCCUCAGUCAAAAGACAAAGAGUAUUACAGAGGAGCAAGAAGCUGCUGCAAUGGAAAUUGAAGCACUGAAACAGGAAAACUCACAUUUGGUGGUUGUUUGUGAUAAACAAAAGUAUUCCACUGCAGACAUUGAGAAACUGAAUUCUGAAAUAGAGGAGCUGAAACAGGCAGUAAAUAAAUUAACCAAGGAAUUGGAAGUAGAACAGCGGCAACUGUGGAAUGAGGAAUUAAAAUAUGCAAGAGGAAAAGAAGCAAUUGAAGCAGAUUUGACAGAAUACCAUAAAUUGGCUCGAAAAUUAAAACUAAUUCCUACAAGUGCAGAGAAUUCUGAUGGUCUUAAUUUUGAAAUUAAAUUUAAUCCUGAUGCAGGCCCUAAUUGUCUGUUUAAGUACAGAACUCAGAUUCGUGCUCCCCUUCUGAAUCUCAUAAACAAGACGGAAGAGGAGAUUGCAAAUGCAACAAAGAGAAAAAUUAGCUUGGAAGACACAUUAGAACAGGUAAAUACAAUGGAAGCUGAACAGGAAAGCAUUGUGAAAAUGUUAAGUGAAGAAAUGCAAAAACUGGAAGAUUUAUGUCAACAAAAAGCAAAGGAAGUUGACGAAGAAGAAGAAAAGACUAAGAAGGAGCUGGAGUUGUUGGAGAAACAUAAAAGUUUGCUUUAUAGUGGUGUCAAUGAGGGUAUCAGUGAAGCCACGAAGGAACUGCAUGAAACCCGAUGCCGAUACCAAGUGGUUAUGCAAACAACUUCAAAAGAGAAAAGGAAAAUGGAUAAAAAUAUGCAGUAUCUUCUGGAACUAAUAUUUACUCAUCUUGAGACAGUUGAGAAAUACUUGACUGAACAGAAUAUAAAACUUGACAGAGAAUUCAAUGAAUUUAUAUCUCAAGAUCCGCUGACGAACUUGAAAGAAAUCCUAGAUAAUUACAAAAAGAAGAUGAGUACCCUGUAUAUUUCAGACACAUGAAUGAAAAUAUCUGUAUACUAUAAAAAUGGUCUAAAAUAUUUGCUUGCUAGGGCAGUGUUUUAUAAUGUUUUGAAUCGUACUUCUGUUCAUGUGAACAUAUGGCAUUUGGAGGCUAUCUCUUUUUUUAUUGUAAUAAUUAUUAAAACCAAUAUUCGCUUUUUGGAUGCAUAAAUACAUCAGGCCUUAAAACCUGACUGUUUUAUAAGUUAUCAGUAAAGGACAAUGAUAAAUCUCAUGGAUUUGAAUAUUUCAU